CACUACCCAACCAGUGUCGACCCCAGCCAUCUAUUAUGCUUCUUCGCAAUAAAAGCUACCCGAAAAUCUGCAAGGAAAACGCCACCGGAUCCGCUUGGAGUGAAAAGUGCUGACACUCAGGUCCUGAGAUGGGAUGCGUGUGUCAAGGUGGGACUAAGGAGCAAGAGGAUCAUUGUAACUGAGCAAAGAGACGUACAGGCGUCAUUCAAGCGACUUGUUCCCUUUAAUCGGUCAGUAUGUCGGUGGUCACGUCCCCUGCCCAGGGGCCUCCGCCUAUCGUGAACCCUCCCCCACCUGAGGUCACGAACCCCAGCAAGCCGGGCCGGAAAACAAACCAGCUACAGUACAUGCAGAAUGUUGUGGUGAAGACUCUGUGGAAACAUCAGUUCGCCUGGCCCUUUUACACACCUGUGGAUGCCAUCAAAUUAAAUCUGCCGGACUACCAUAAGGUUAUCAAGAAUCCAAUGGACAUGGGAACCAUAAAGAAGCGACUUGAGAAUAAUUACUAUUGGACUGCUGGUGAAUGCAUGCAGGACUUUAACACUAUGUUCACAAACUGUUACAUCUACAACAAGCCCACAGAUGACAUUGUUCUGAUGGCUCAAGCUUUAGAAAAGAUUUUCCUUCAGAAGGUAGCUCAGAUGCCCCAGGAGGAGGUGGAACUUCUACCUCCGCCACCAAAGGGUAAAGCACGGAAACCCGGGCCACCUCCUGCUUCAGAAAACCAACAAUCAAUUGCACUGACUCCAGGCUCUCCAUCUUCAUCAUGCCCGAGUUCCCCCCCUCAGCUGGCUCAGACUCCUGUAAUAGCCGCCACUCCGGUCUCGACCAUCACCUCCAACGUGCAGGCGGUGCCCCCUGCCGCACCAAUGAUGCCAACUGCGCAGCCUGUCGUCAAAAAGAAAGGGGUGAAACGGAAAGCGGACACUACCACGCCCACAACCUGCGUGAUCACCGCCAGCAGAAGCGAGUCGCCCACCGCAGGGCUGGAGUCCAAACACAGUAAAGUUAUUUCUAGACGAGAGAGCACGGGCCGACCCAUCAAACCUCCCAAAAAAGACCUGGAAGAUGAAGACGUACUACAGCAGGGCAACAAGAAAAGCAAGCUCAAUGACCAUCUGAAAUACUGUGACACUAUACUCAAAGAGAUGCUUUCCAAGAAGCAAGCGGCGUACGCGUGGCCCUUCUACAAACCCGUAGAUGCCGAGGCCCUUGAGCUGCAUGACUAUCACGAAAUCAUCAAGCAGCCGAUGGACCUCAGCACGGUCAAAAAAAAGAUGGACGGUCGGGAAUACCCAGAUGCCCAAAGUUUUGCAGCAGACGUUCGGUUAAUGUUCUCAAAUUGUUACAAGUACAACCCGCCUGAUCAUGAGGUCGUCGCCAUGGCAAGAAAACUACAGGAUGUGUUCGAGAUGAAGUUCGCCAAGAUGCCAGACGAGCCUGCGGAACCGUCAUCCCCGAGCGCGGUGUCGGCCACAGCGGUGGUGAGCAAAAGCACAGGCAGCAGCGAGAGCAGCGCGGACUCCUCCAGCUCAAGCUCGGACUCUGAGGAGGAACGGGCCACCCGAUUGGCCGAGCUGCAGGAACAGCAAACUACGGAGCACCCCAAUGGUAACAGGGCGGGGACAAAAAACGGGUGUCCCAAACGUUUUCAGCUUAAGGCUGUUCAUGAACAGCUAGCCGCUCUGUCACAGGGUCCUGUGAGCAAACCAAAGAAAAAGAAAGAGAAGAAGGAAAAAGAAAAGAAGAAGAAAGACAAAGAGAAAGACAAAAUCAAAGUCAAAGCAGAAGACGACAAAAAGGCAAAGGCCUCGCAGCCGAAUAAACAAGCGCCGCCGAAAAAGACCUCAGCACGGAAACCUAACAGCACGUCUACCACGAGGCAACCGAAAAAGGGAGGCAAACCUGGCGCGACAAACUACGAGUCCGACGAAGAGGAGUCUCUCCCCAUGUCUUACGACGAAAAGCGGCAGCUCAGCUUGGACAUCAACCGGUUGCCGGGUGAGAAACUGGGCCGCGUGGUCCACAUCAUCCAGUCACGGGAGCCGUCGCUUCGAGACUCCAACCCGGACGAGAUCGAGAUCGACUUUGAAACACUCAAGCCCUCCACGUUGCGGGAGCUUGAGCGAUACGUCAAGUCCUGUUUACAGAAAAAGCAACGCAAACCGUUACCGGGCACUGGGAAAAAGAGUGCCAAGUCUAAAGAGGAACUGGUUCAGGAAAAGAAGAAAGAGUUAGAAAAGAGGCUACAGGACGUGAGUGGACAACUCAACAACAACAAGAAACCACCCAAAAAAGCAGAGAAGGCGGGGUCAGCGCAGGGGGGCGGGCCAUCUCGGCUGAGUGGCAGCAGCAGUUCCUCCGAUUCGGGCAGCAGCAGCUCCAGCGGCUCCAGCUCCGAGAGCAGUGACUCUGACUGACCUGAGAUCAGCGCGUCACAUACUUCAGCCUCCUCUAUUUUCUAAAGAGUAGUGUGUGUUGUCAUGAUAGUAUCUCUCUGAAGGUCCGUUUUCUAAUGAGAUAGAAGCAUUACAGAUGGCAGAGGAUAUUUUACAAUAGUUUGUAGAAAUGCUCUCGGCUCAGACUGAGGGAAGUUUGGGAAUAGUUCAGGCAGUUUAAGGUUAUUUCGCUAACCCUCAAAGGGAAUCGCCUGGUAUCACCAGAGGUAAAAAGACAAAAAAAACGUUAUUUUUUUGAAAAUAUGUAAGUUGUGGAGGUAAAACGGUUUGUGUGUGUGUGUGUGUCAGCUGUUUGUUUUCUUUCUGGUUUUCGUUCAGUCGCUGCUCGGUUAGCUCCAUAUUGAAAACAUACUUUAGUGGAAAACGGACAAAUGCCCGGCCCCGUUUUACCGAUCGUGUAGCAAGGUCUGAAGGAACAAAACGAUCAACCUUCCUGCUCUGGUGGGGUUCAGUCAUGUUAGCAUGACUAUUCAACUCAUUCCACAAUUAUUUUACUGACUAUAAUACUCUUCGUUGUUACCAUUUUUAAAAGGAACUAUUUAUUUUUUUUGUAUUCAGAAAGGCACAGUCAGGCGUGUUCUCGACUUUACACAAAUGUUUUCUUGACGGUUUAAAUGUAAGAAUUGGUUCACCAGGACUCAAUGCAGUGUCUGCCAACCCAGGUGUCGGUAUCAAUAUUAAACCAUCUCACCGUAAUUUUGGCUGUUUCGACACUGUACACUUUCUCUUCCGGUGCUCAGUAUUUGUUGUAGAUUUUUUGUUUGUUUGUUUCGAUCUAUAACAUACACUUGUUUGUUUUAUAUUUGGUUUGUUUUCUGUAUUUUUUUACUAUUGAUAUGUAGGUGCCCCUGAGUGUUUCUCUUCUUCAUCUUUACCAAGUCCACUCAUAGGACAAUCAAGUUGUGUUUUAAGUUCACUGUGUUAUGGAGGCGUUUAAGAGUGACCGAAUACACUUAAAGGUGGUCAAAAUAAUGACGAAAUGCAUUCAGAAAUACCCUCAAGUCUAACAUUUGGAGUACAUUUCUCUCUAAAAGUAAUUUCUGGAGACAUAAAGAAAAAUAGCUUGGACAAGUAGCCACUUCAAGGAAUCUUGAGAAAGAGUUGGACAGUUUUCUCUGUGAAGACUUUAAUCACCAGUGCUAGAUUUCAAUUCAGAAGGACGUGUGUUUGACAGUAGUUAUUAGUUGGAAGUAUUACAACUAAUGUUUUAAGUUUUAGUAAUAACUUUAUUUCUUGGGGGGCGGAAAUGCUGUAUUGAAUGCUUUCAAUGGUACCUAAACACAUGUAUACGGAAUAGUUUAUUUGGAAUGGGCCAUGACUGAAAAUCUUUAUAAAAUAUGAAUGUACUAAAGUUUACUUUUCCCUUUUUUUCCUGUUGCUGCAGCAGUACCACUCUUGCACUGUUGGUUUGUGGUUUUUGGCAAGGACUUAUUUCAUUUACAGUACCGAAUUCAAAUAUCUUAAAACCCUUAAAAUCAUCGGAUGUGUUCUUGUUGCCUUAAUGUUACUUGGCACAGUGUAGGUAAAUGCUUCUGAUAUAACAAAUCGAGUUGAAUCCAAUGUGUAUACAUGUAAACGUCAAAACCCUCAUGUAAAGUGACUUAAUGGGUUUCUUACAUUUAGUUUAGUUAUGUUUUGCUUUUCUUUCGUCAUUGUAUUGCAUUACGUUGUUCAAGCUCAGUCUUUCAUUGGACUAUAUGUUGUUUUUAAAGUCAUUUCUGUUACAGCUCCUCUUGCUCGAUUCCUCCAGCAGAGCUUGACAACUGGGGUUCUCAAGGCAGAGAAAAUAAUACAGAGAUAUAAAAAUGCAUAGGAUAUAUAAUUACAGAUAAAUGUAUAUUCACUACUUAUUCCUCAUCUCUGUCUUGGGUCUAAAUAUUCGAGUUCUUUUUUAUGAGAAACAUUUGUGUAUUGCAUGCUAAUUUACAGUAUAUUUCUUAACUUUUUUGAGCAGUUUAUAACAUGUAAAUGUCAUUCGAGUCAAAUUUUAAAAUGGGUAGCGCUACAUAUAUUGAGUUCAAGUUGACAAGUAUGUUUUGGGACAGACUUACAUGGUGAUAUCUGAUGUAUAAGCUAAACUGAGAUUUGGACACUGAGCCCCUUCGUUUUUCGUAAAUAAACCACAAAAAACCCAUA